AUGCCGAGCUUCCCCCAUCCAUCACAUGUCCACGGCAAGCACCUAACCCUCUCUGGCAGUGCGACCAAGCCAAGCCGGCGAGAAUCCCGGCCCGCCGGAGGCGGCGUACCACUCGUCCGCCGAAGGCAACGUCAGCCCACCAACACCACCACAACCCCUGGAAGUAGCCCCAGCAGCGGCGGCGACAGCAGGACAGCCAGCGCCUCUCCGACGCCGUCCGUCGCCGGGAACCAGCUCACCCUGCGGGCUGGCGGCUUCGUCGCCCUGCUCGACGUGGCGGAUCUGCGAUACGACCUGUCCAGCUACGGCGGGUUCUUGAAAGACAUCCCCAGGCGGAUGGGCCAGAACAUUGCGCUCGACGCCUCGGUCGGAGCAUUAACCGCCGCAUUCCCCACAAUAUACACCAAACAAGUAUCACCCGCCGCUCUCGAAGCCUACGUCAACGCGAUACAAUGUCUGAGGGCAAUCUUGGCCAAUCCGACCAAGGCGAAAACCCCGGAGACUCUCUGCUCCAUCUACCUCAUCAUGCUCUGCCAAAGCUGGCUUGGGCGAACCGAUGACCAAAACCACAACCCUACGCGCCGGCGGGCCGGCCCCGCCCUCACCAUCCAGACCUUUUGCCGACUCGUCGAGUUCGUCCGGCAGCCCACCGACGACAUCACAGACAUACGCGUCGCCUUCGGCGGCCUCUUGAUCGAGCUCCACGUCCGCUGCCAGGGCCAGUUCGGCAUCCUCCUCGCCGCCGCCCUCGUCGUCGGCAGCAUCCUCUGCUCCGUGCUGCCCCCGACGGAGCGUGCCGCCACCAUUGCCCGCAUGGCCACGUUUCCCGACGAGCUGGUGGCCCUCAGCGCCAAAACCCACAUUUACCGCCCCCUCGGCGCCGCCUUCAUGCCCGUCUGCCUCGUCAUGGGGUGCGUGGCCGUCGAGGAUAAGACUCAGCUGGACCGCAUGAUGCAGUGCCUGGCCGUGUUCGAGGCCGACAUGCUCCAGCUGCGCUGGACGACGUGGGUACCGAGCCUCAAAAGUCGAUUUUUUGACACGCUGUCGCGAAUAUCUAUCCAGCGUAUCCAGACGGAGUUUUUGGAGAGGUCUCUUGGCCCGUUGGCGAUGAGAUGA